AUUUUUUUGGCCUUUCACUAUAAGAUUUUCCACAGGAUCAGGUGAUAUUUUGUAUUCUUGACAAAAAUUAUAUUACAUUUAAAGACAACACAAAACUCCAAACCAAAAUUGUUCGUUGUUGCUUACCAAAAUUUAACACAAACAAUUAGUUACUAUAAUGGACAAUCACAAAUGCGAAUGCUCAAAGAAGAAUGCCUCUAAGAAGGCUACCAAAAAUGAGAUGAUAGCGUUAUCUGAGAAGCUAGAGAAACUAGAGCAGAAAGAGCAAGAGGAGAAGCGAAAAAAACGUGAACUUUUAUUGAAGUCAGAGAAGCUGGUAAAAAAUGGAAAACCAGAUAAUUUAAAUAGGCAAGAGAAGCAAGUGGAGAAGAAAGACGAGAAGCAAUGGAAAAGCAAUCCUCUAAAAUUUGACGGUGCUACGAACACUUCAUUUAUAAGUGAUACAGAGGUGGAAGUAGAAGCGGAUGUAGAAGUCGAAGUGGAAAUGGAAAUGGAAAUGGAAAAAAUACCCGUGACCGUACACGAAAUUGUUGAGCAGAAACCUUCAAACUCGCGAUCGGUAACAUUGGUUGACGCUGUAAAACGUAAUGAUUUAGAAAUUUAUCAAAGAGGUCGAGUUUUUGGCGUUUCCGGACCUGUGGUCAAUGCCGAAAAGAUGGCCGGCUCGGCGAUGUACGAAUUGGUUCGUGUAGGACACUUUCAUUUAGUUGGGGAGAUCAUUCGCCUAGAAGGGGACAUGGCCACCAUACAGGUGUACGAGGAAACCUCUGGCGUGAGCGUUGGAGAUCCUGUAUUCCAGACUGGGAAGCCUCUCUCCGUUGAGCUUGGUCCAGGUAUCAUGGGUAGUAUCUUCGAUGGCAUUCAGCGACCCUUGCGUGCCAUUCAUGAGUUGACGCACUCCAUCUACGUACCCAAGGGCGUCAAUGUGAAGAGUCUUUCAAGGAGCAUUGAGUACGGCUUUGAACCGGCAAAUUUGCGUCUCAACGAUCUUAUAACUGGCGGCGAUAUCUAUGGCACUGUAAACGAGAACAGCUUGGUGGAGCAUCGAUUAAUGUUGUCACCGCGUGCUCAGGGUAGAAUCACAUGGAUUGCACCUCCAGGUAACUACAGUGUGGAUGAAGUAGUCAUCGAAACGGAGUUUGAAGAUAAGGUUACCAGACACACCAUGCUGCAAGUGUGGCCAGUGCGUCAAUGUCGGCCCGUUAUCGAGAAGCUGCCCGGCGUCAAUCCCUUGCUCACAGGACAACGUGUGCUCGACGCCUUCUUUCCUUGUGUUCAAGGUGGCACUACAGCCAUACCAGGAGCCUUUGGCUGUGGCAAGACUGUCAUCUCACAGACGCUGUCCAAGUAUUCCAACUCCGAUAUCAUCAUCUACGUCGGUUGCGGCGAGCGUGGCAAUGAAAUGUCUGAAGUACUGCGGGAUUUUCCCGAGCUGACCGUGGAAAUCAAUGGAGUUUCCGAGUCUAUUAUGAAGCGUACUGCCCUCGUGGCCAAUACCUCCAAUAUGCCUGUCGCUGCUCGUGAGGCUUCCAUUUACACUGGCAUCACGUUGUCCGAGUACUUCCGUGACAUGGGCUACAACGUGGCCAUGAUGGCGGAUUCCACCUCCCGUUGGGCUGAAGCCUUGCGAGAGAUCUCUGGGCGUCUCGCUGAGAUGCCGGCGGAUGCGGGUUAUCCAGCUUAUCUCGGAGCACGUCUCGCCUCGUUCUAUGAGCGUGCUGGACACACCAAGUGCCUGGGCAGUCCCGAUCGCGAGGGAUCUAUUUCCAUUGUGGGUGCAGUCUCUCCACCCGGUGGUGAUUUCUCUGAUCCUGUGACCUCUGCCACGCUGAGUAUUGUGCAGGUUUUCUGGGGUCUUGACAAAAAAUUGGCACAACGUAAACAUUUCCCUUCGGUGAACUGGCUGCAAUCAUAUUCCAAGUAUAUACGAGCUCUUGAUUCUUACUACGAGAUUGAAAGUCCGGAAUUUGUCGAGCUGCGUGCACUUGCCAAACAGGUGCUCCAAGAGGAAGAAGACUUGGCGGAAAUUGUCCAACUGGUGGGCAAAACAUCGCUCAAUGAAUCGGAUAAGAUCACACUCGAAGUAGCGAGAUUGCUGAAGGAUGAUUUCUUGCAACAAAACUCUUACAGUGUCUAUGAUGCCUUUUGUCCCUUCUACAAGACGGUGGGCAUGCUGAAGAACAUGAUGGUCUUCUACAAGUGCGCCAUUCAGGCUGUGGAAAAUACGGCUGGCCAGGAAGCCCAUGUCACCUGGGGCCUCAUCCGUGAGCGUGGCACACAAAUCCUUUACGAUUUGGGCACCAUGAAGUUCCUCAAUCCCAAAGACGGCAAGGAGUUCGUGGAGGAACAGCUGCAGAAGAUCCACGAUGAUGUGGUCAAAACUUUAUUGCAUUUGGAAGAAAAUGUCGCGGCGUACGCUUAGUUAAAUCAGAAGAUGAUACAAAUCUGCAAUAACUCUCCUUUUAUGUAAACGUCAAAA